GGUCACUGUGGGCUUCCAUGGGGGGAUGCAUGGGAGUGGACAUGGGCUGGAUGGACAGGAGGAUCUCAGGCAGGGAGGGAACUCUUGCACGUGGGUACUUCAUUGCCUUUCUGUGUCCAGAGCUCAGCUAUUGCCUGUUGAGUCACCAGAGGAAAAUGUGACUUCAUCCAGUCUCACCUCCAGCUGGCUGCCCCCGGCAUCUCUCUUUCCUGGAUCUCACCUGGUGGGGGACUCAGGGCUGCCAGAGGUGGGGAAUGAGAGCCCCAAGGCUUUGUGUUAAGACCUUCCCUUUCCCAAAACCGAGCUGAAAACCUCUGCUCUGCUCUUCCAGUCAGCCAAUCAUGUGGAAUGUCCUGCUGAAGGGUGACAGGAGCAUCCCUUCCCUCCUUCCUCUCAUAGGGCCUCUCCUCACCCCACCUGAACCACCAGUGGGAACAUUCAUCCCAUGAACCAACUUGCUCCAGCAGACUGGAAUGAUUUGGUGUCUCCAUAACCGUCCAAGUCCUUCCUUGUUGCUGUGGCAAUAUUAAGUUAAUUUGUUGGUGGUGAUGGAUCCCACCUGAGCAGGCUUGCGUGGGAACAAAAUCCCCAGCACCACCCAAAAAAAAUCUCCUUUUCUGGCUUUAACUCAUCUGGGAAAUCCAUAAGUCCUGUUAUCAUCUCUGCAAGGGGAAUUGCAGCUGCCCCUGCUGAACUGAAAAGCACUUCCAGCCUGAGGGAUAGGAAAAACACAGGGAGCAGCACCUGAGCUGUGGGUGCUGCCAUCCAGGACAUCUCAGUUCAGCAUUCUUGGACAUUAUUCCACUUUGCUUUGGGACGUGGAGAGCAAGAGGACACUGCCUGCUGUCUCCAGGGGUGAUGUCCAUCCAUCUGUCUGCUCACACAGGUGCAUUCUCCAGGAGUGGGCACUGGCAGGGCAGCAGCAGCAGCAGCAUCCCGAUGUCUCUCCUCAUCCAUCCCAUCCCAGCAGAGCCCUGGAGGGGAACGUGCCGGGGACACAGAGCCCCCUCUGUUCCCACUCACAAAGGGGCGCUUGUGGCUCACGCAGUGCCCCAUCCGGGCUGCGCCUCACUGGCCCCAGCGAGGAAGAGCUUUAGGAUGCCAAGCGGCCCCAGGCAGCCUCACCAGGUCACCCGCGUGUCCCCAGCCCCACGGCUCAGCCCUGACGGGGCCCCCGCGCCUGUCGCUGCCGCCCCGCGGGUCCCAGGCAGGAGUUUUGCAGCCGGCUGUUUAUUUAAUGAAUUAUGUCUGCCCCGGGCCUGUGAAUGAGGGUUUUGCCAGCGCUGCCGGACAUGGUUCUCUGUGUCAUCCCUGUGAAUAAUCCUUAGUCUGUGGCUCAUUUGUGGUCAGGCAGCAGAGGGGGGAAAACCCCGGGCUGGCUUUGCCCAGAGAUUCGUCUGAGGAAGCGGUCGAUGCCAUCCCCAGUGCGUGUGCGGGCAGCAAGGGGACUGUCCCCAGCCCCAGGCGAGGGCAGGGAUGCAGAUCACCGCCCCUUGGGAUGCCGUGACUCCGCUGGGCGCUGAGAGACGCGCCCGCACACCGAGAACUUUGUGCAUUUGAUUUAUUUUUUUUUUCCUCUCUCUCCGUUGCUCAAAUACUCCGACAAGUCCUGUCAUCGAGGGGGCACGACCGAGGAGGGGGGAUAUGGGGGGUGGCUGGCGAAAGGCACCUGCCCCGGCUGCUGGCCUGUCCCCGAGGAGCGGCGCGAUGACAAACUAAACUAACAGGGUUGUUAAAAACACACACACACACUCGCACACGUGUGCCGGGGAUCCCGGUGCCGCCUGCCGAAAGGGGGGAUCUGGGACACAUCUGUGGGAGGGCUCUGGGGCUGCCAGGGAUCUCCAGAGUCCUCACAUCCCACUAAAUCCUGAGUUUCCUGGGUGCGUGGGUGUGGAUGUCUCUUUUUAGAAGGUUUUUCUGGAAAGGAGAUGGCUGGAAGCCAAGCCUCGGGAGCUGAGCGGUUUGCUCAAGCUGGGAAAUUCCUGGUCCUCACGCAGAGAGGACUGGGAACCUGGCAGGCUGGGGUGCUGCCCUGGCCACGGAGCACAUCUCACCCCUCCUGCCCAUGCUCCCUCCUUCCCAGCCAGGAGGGGCAUUCAGCGAGCAGCACUAAAAAAAUGCACAUUUUGACCGAGCACGACGCGGAAGAGGAUGGGACGUGAUGCAAUGCCUGGCAGGGCUUCCCCACUCCACGCUCUGCCGGGGGCUGCAGAGAGCGAGGCUUAGCCAGGGCAUCUCCCCUCCAGCAAACCCAGGGGCCCCCCAAAGGAUGGGGCUCUGCCUGGCUCCCCUCCUAUGCCCCAAAAGCAGGGCUGGGAUGGGCUGCUGGGGUCGCGCUGGUGGAGCCAAGCCAGGCCUAAAUAGACUUUCCCUGAGUCACCGAAAGUCUGGCCAAGAAAGCAGGACGAGCGAACGGCAUCACCCACACAGCCGGCCAGGCAGGGCACCAGCAAGGCCUAGGAGUGUAAAUCUGCACACCGGGGACCUGCCCCAGAGCCUGAAACAGCAGCUGUGGCCCCCAAAAUCUCCCCGUGGGCUGUGGGUUUGGUGCAACUCAGAGCGGUUUCCAGCAGCGGCGGACGGGCGGAUGUUUUCUGCUGGGCGGGGAUGCCAAGUCUCCUGGUUUUGCAUCCUACACCAAGCAGCUGCACCAUCAUUUGUUGGUUUCUUUUUUCUUUUUUGGCAAAAACCUCCCCUGGAGCAUUCUAGUCCCUGAGGGGGACUGGCAGCAGCAGCGUUUUCCGGCCUGCCGUUGUUCCUGAAAACUCUCUGGGUUUCAUUUUCGAGGCUCAGCAGCUGCUGCUGCCAUGCUGGGGGAAGGCGGAAGCUGCUCAGCCCCACACUGGGGCCCUACAGCGGAGCCUCCAACCCUCCCCUUUCCAGAGGUUGGGAGCCACAGCGCACCAAAGACCCGGACGAUCCGGGGGCCCCCUCGCUGGCAGCAGCAGGUUUUUGCCAGUGGGAAGCAGGCAGCUGUUGGGUGGCAGGAAUUGGGCAGGGGCAGCUGGUGGAAGCGUGGGAAGGGGUCCUGUCAGGCAGAUAUAUUUUGGGAAGGAGGAGGAGCAACCGAUGGGGCAGCUGUUCCUCGGGGGUGGGACGGAGCAGGAGGGAGGAGCUGCCCUUCUUUUACUGCUCUUGUCAGCCUCUCACCCUGCCCGCAGAGAACCAUCGCCAUGCUGAUCCUUCUUCUCCCCACAGGCAGGGCUGGCAAGGCCCUAGCCCAAGACACCUUCCCAGCGUGCAGGAGGGACCUGUGUGCGCUGCCCAUGGAGAUCCGACGCGCUUUACCCCAGGAUAUCCGGGAGCUGCUGCACUGCUUGAAGAUGAGGAGCAAGUACGCCGUCCUGCUGGUCUUCGUCAUCAGCCUCGUCAUCAUCGAGAAGGAGAACAACUUCAUCUCCAGGGUGUCGGACAAGCUGAAGCAGUCCCCGCAGGCCCUGGCAGAGGCCAACAGCACCGAGGGCAGCCCAGCAGCGGCCAAGAACGGCUCGCUGGCCUCGCUGCAGGAGCUGGACGCCGCCUUCUCCCAGCUGAGGUCGCAGCUGUACAACAUCACCCUGCAGCUGGCAGGUGACGGGGACCCCGGGCCACGGCGGCACGUCCUGCUGAUGGCCACCACCCGCACUGGCUCCUCCUUCGUCGGGGAGUUCUUCAACCAGCAGGGCAGCAUCUUCUACCUCUUUGAGCCCCUCUGGCACGUCGAGAAGACGGUGACCUUCCUGCCGGGAGGAGCCAGCGCGGUGGGCUCAGCCUUGGUUUACCGAGAUGUCCUCAAGCAGCUCCUCCUCUGCGACCUCUACAUCUUAGAGAACUUCAUCUCACCGGUGCCCGAGGACCACCUGACGCCCUUCUUGUUCCGGCGGGGCUCCAGCCACUCGCUGUGCGAGGAGCCCGUCUGCACGCCCAGCACCAAGAAGGUCUUUGAGAAGUACUACUGCAAGAACCGCCGCUGCGGCCCCCUCAACAUCACGCUGGCGGCCGAGGCGUGCCGGCGCAAGCAGCACGUGGCCCUGAAGACGGUGCGCAUCCGGCAGCUGGAGUUCCUGCAGCCGCUGCUGGAGGACCCUCGGCUGGACCUGCGCAUCAUCCAGCUGGUGCGGGACCCCCGCGCCGUCCUGGCCUCACGCAUGGUGGCCUUCUCCGGCAAGUACGAGACCUGGAAGAAGUGGGCGUCCGAAGGGGAGGCUCCCCUGCGCGAGGAGGAGGUGCAGCGGCUGCGGGGCAACUGCGAGAGCAUCCGAGUGUCGGCGGAGCUGGGGCUGCGGCGGCCGGGCUGGCUGCGGGGCCGGUACAUGCUGGUGCGCUACGAGGACGUGGCGCGGGCGCCGCUGCAGAAGGCCCGGGAGAUGUUCCGCUUCGCCGGGCUGCCCCUCACCCCGCAGGUGGAGGAGUGGAUCGGCAAAAACACUCAGGCUCCCCACGACGGCAACGGCGUCUACUCCACGUGCAAGAACUCCUCGGAGCAGUUCGACAAGUGGAGGUUCAGCAUGCCCUUCAAGCUGGCGCAGGUGGUGCAGGACGCCUGCGCCCCAGCCAUGCAGCUCUUUGGCUACAAGCUGGCCAGCAGCCCCGUGGCGCUGGCAAACCGCUCCUUCAGCCUGCUGGAGGAGGCACAGCCCGCCUGGGUCACGUAGAGGCACACGGAGAUGGCGGCGGGGCGGAACGAGGGGCUGUGGCCGUGCUCCCGGCCGGUCCGGAGGCGACCUGAGGGUCCCUGCUCCCGAAAAUGCUCCUCGCUGCUGCCAGACGGCAGCUCCAGGAGCCGGAGCGUCCUGGCAGAGCUGGCCCCAGGGUCCUGCAGAGCCUGAAUUUCACAAUUUCUCCGGGAAUGGGGAAAUUGGGUAAGGGUGAGGGGCGGUGGGGUCGGCAGCAGGGCCGCCUCCCCAGCUCGGGAGCUGCACUGAGGAAGAGGAGGGUGACGGCAAGCAGAGGGGGACAGGACCAAGCACCUCUGCCUUGCCACCCCCCCCCUGCCAGCUGGGAUGGGGCAAGGACAAAAUCCCUGUGGUGCCAGCAAGCACCCAGACCGCAGAGACCUUCUUGGUUUAGUGCCUUCAUACACCAGCACAGACUGGAAACUGCCCACAGAGCCCUGGAUGGCAUUUGGGCUACAACAAAAUGAGGUGACCAUGGUUUGGUGCUCUUCAAACUUGGUUUUGGAGGUUUGGGUUUUUGGGUUUUUUUUCCCCUGCUUAUUUGCAAACCAGGUGGAUUUAUUUAUUUAUUAUGUGAAAAGGGUGGGGAAGCUGGUCAAGGAGCUAAGCCCAAAAAUCAGCACAAAGGGAGACACCCAGAACAGAGGUCACAUUUCAGCUGGAGACCACCACGUGUCCUCCUGUAUGAUCUUGGGAGAGCCCCCAGGGACUGAUGGGGCUUUAAUCCUCCCCAGCAGCGGCUGCGGACUUUGGCAGUGCUGAAAGAUUUAUCUGAUCAAAAACAAAACCACCAGCACAGGGUCCAAAGCAUCUCCUGUCCCCUUAGUACUGGUGGGUGUCCCCUGUCCCGGGGGGAGCCCCAGAAAUACGUGCUAACAGCACUGGUGGGUGGCCAAACCUGGCAGAGGCCCGGGGAGUUUCGGGGUGUUUGCCAUGUGCAGGUGUUGACCCAGUGCUGAGCUGCCCCCUCCAAUUCGCAUUUCUUUAAUUAAAAUGCCUAUUUUUAGCCCUCUU